UGUUUUGAAAGUGCUAUCUAUGAUCGAAACUUAUUCAGGUAUCCGCUGACGAGAGAUACAGCGGGUUUGAUUUAGUUUGCAACACUGACUGACAUGGAGAACAAACAGGAAAGUAAGAGCAAGAAACAGUCUCGUCAAAUCGUCCCUGGGAGAGCUCGGAGGUCUAUGGAGACUGAUGGCUCGAAGCAGAGCCCAGCAAAAGCCAAAAUCGUCUUGCCCAGUCCUGCCGUUGGUGCGCUUGCUGAGAAAAAUAUCACCCAGCGUUCUCCGCUUAAGCAGAUGCAGAACUUGCAAGCAGACAAGAAAGCAGAAAGAAAAGAAUCAGACCCACCCCUGCAGUUCUGUGGUGGAGACCAAUGUGACGACGAACAAGAGGUUUUCUUUGGGGACAUGUCACUGAAGGAAAAGAGCAAGGCAGAUAAACUGUCUCACAAAAGACGAACCAUGGUGUACAUACCAGGAUUCAGGAGACACCUCAAGUUGGAAGACCCAGGAGACGAAGCCAAAAACAGAGUGGGAGGGGUCUGUAAAAGCAAUCCUAAGGAGGAUGAGAUUCCAGGCCCCGAUGAUAACGAAAACAUUGGCGUUCACAGUCGCUGCAGUGUUGCCAGUCGUACCUCAAACAGCAGCCUGUUUGACCAUGCUAGAAUCAUGAACAGUGCUAGUAGUCUGGAUUUACCUGAAUCUAGACCAGAGAGUGCUUUAAGCUCAACAGAUAGACUGAGUUGUGCUGGUAAAAGUGGUACUAGAAGUGAGGACAAUUGUGUUAGAGAAGAUUGUGACCAGCAACAGGCACAUAGACCCAGCAGUAUCAGUGUCACAUCGGAUUGUGCCAGUGAAGCCACAGACGAUUGUGAACUGGACCAGGGUCAUCUCUAUUCCAGGCCAACCAGUAGUUUGUUCUCCUCUGGAGAAAUUCCUCCAAAUUCCAUGGUGUCAUCAGCUAGACCUAGUGUUGCCAGUGUAGCUUCUUCUAACGACCCACUCAACGAGGCCCAAAUAUACACAGACAGCCAAUUAUCUGGUUGUUCUGAUUCCUUCCCAAAGCUUUCUUUAGAUGGUGCUGCGGAGAGUGAUUUUAGAGAACCCAUAAGAGAACCAGAUGUCAUGAAUAAUUCUAGUCCCACCACAAUUAGAGAGGAUACAAUAGAGGUGUCAGGGGUGGCAAAGAUGGAGUCCACAUCUUUAGAAAGUGAUUUAAAAAGUGAUAAGUUGAUCUCAGAGGAUUUAAAACGCAUGAAGAGUUGUGAUGAAAAUAUAAUGAAUAAAAAUAACGAACAAGAAAAAUGUCUGAAAGGCACCAUCAAUGAAAAUGGAACUCCUUCGAAAAAAUUCCAUUCUAUGUUGGAGCAGGAGGUUAUUCAAGACACCCUGCAACAUGAUGGUGUAUUUGCCAGUGAAAAUAGUGAGAAAAUGGGAGAUGAUAUCCCAGGAAAAGAGCACCUAGAUCCUCAUGUAUGGAAACCGCUGAUGUCCGACUUACUCCACAGUUUUCCCAGUCUUCAGGUUUCCACGCCAACCAAGGUGUUGUUCUCGGCAGACGGGAGUGCGUUCACGCCAGUGGGCACUCCAACUACCUCCAGAGUGCUGAGACCAGCAGUCAAGUCACCACUGACCAGACAUGGGAAAUACUUCCCUGCUGUCACUGACUUGAGCAGUUCACCUUUCACAGCAGUGCAGCCAGCACAGCCGGGUUACUUCACCACUCUGUCACCAUACAAGACACAGGACGUCACCACUGUCUUCAACCCCCACCAGGGGGCUCCGUCACCAAGAUACUCCAGUCAGACAUCAGCCCAGUAUGUAUCUGCUCCAACCAACACAGUGACCAGUGGUGUGGUCAAGCGGUGCGGUCUGACUGUGGAUGAAGUGACACAGACCCCACCUUCCAUGUUGAAUGGAGUUUCUGACACUAGCUCAAGGAACAGUCAUUAUAAAGCCUCUGCUAGAAAUGAGAAAUCUGAUGGAUCGACAAAUGCAGGAUGUGGGUCAAUAGACACUGACUGUCAUUGUCAUUGUCGUGAGCAAUGUCAGUGUAGGACAGGCGGGAGAAUGAGCUUUGACAGUCUCAACAGUGACGGGCAAGUGUCACAACAUAACAGCACAGAUAGUUUGGAGAGUGGCCACCAAGGGGAGACACAUACCACAUCUGCCCAAGACAGCAGCAACGCCAGGUGUGGACUUGACCUUCACCAAAAGGGGGAGCCACAAGAUUGUUCAAGCCAAGUCGGUGAGGAACUGAGGGACAGCCUGGAAAAUCACCAAGAAGCUGAGCCACUAAAUAGAGAAAGAAAUCUAAGCAUUGACAGUCUCGAUGGUAGAAAAGAUCAGAAUGAUCAGAUACAAAAGUCGGACAGUUCACAGAGUAGCUUUGAGAUGGACAGUCUGGUGUCUCAGACCUCGUCCCAGGCAUCCAGUGAAGUGACCGCUGACAGGGCAGCACUGGACAGUGGACUGUUCAGCAGUGGAAGCUGCAGCAGUGUGGAGGAGAAUGUAACAACAGAGAAAGGUGAUAAAUUAAAGACGGAGGCUUUAAGUCCAUCUUUGAGCCAAUCGUGCCAAGUUGCCUCUCCUAUAGGGACCUUGCUGUCCCCCCAGUGUGGGCGGCUAUGGGGGACCACUCUGGAGGAGAAGAAGGCCAAGCUGCAGCAGCUGAGGGAGGAGAAGGAGAGACUAGAGAGGAAGCUGGCCCAGGGGGAACAGAAGAAAGUGUACCCAAAGUCUCCCUUGCCUAAAGUCAAAGCCAACAGUACCCAGCACCAGACAACUGUCUUGCCAAGAGCUGCCUGUGUUGGGAUGCCAGCCCUGGCAUUGACAGAGCGUGAGAUUGAUGCAGUGACCAAACUACACACACUGUGCAACAGCCAGCAGAUCUCUCAGGUGGUGGGCAAGCAGAGGACCAAGACUGUGGUGAAACACUAUCCUGUCCGUGAGUCCAGCAGGGUCCAGUGGCUGGAGGACCUUGUGGUCAGUCCUGUCGUCCAUAGCCCCAGUUCUGCUGACCAGAAACAAGCCAGGCCCAUUCUGACCCAGAAAUCAUUUCAGAAGACAGUUGCCCCAGCCCAGCGCAAUGCCACAGAUCAUUCCUCGCCAAUAGUGGUUUCUAGGCUGCGAAGGACUAACACUUUGGGAAAAUCUGAAAUAUAAGAUUUUUUUAAGAUGUCUUGUAGCACUGUUUAUGCUAGUCUCUGUUUUUAACUACUGCACAGUCAAACUAGUGAUUGAUUUAUAUUUCUUCUUUUGACAUUUUGCAAAUGAACUAUUUCUACCACAGUUUCUGUGAGAUCACUGGACAUGAUUGGAAAAACAACAGGGUGGAGAUCCGUUUGUGAUUCACAAAGAUUCCUUUAUCACAGCAAAAAUUGAAUAGGAUUUGAAAAGAAAAAAAUCUGAACAGGAAAGUGAAAGAAAUGCAAGCUUUUCAAAGUGACCCAGAACUGCGUGCUUCUUGGGGUUAUUUCAAAAUGAAAAUAAGGCUUUAAAAAGUUCAAUGGCAUUUGGGAUUAUUGGUAAUUUGUUGUAAUUUGGAUUGGGCUUUACUGGCAAAGUGGCCUUCAUAACAUCUGGUUAGCAAGUAAAGUAAUGACUCCAUCUUUUCAAUGAUGGGAAGAUUUUUGAUUUUUCAGAUACAUUAUUUUAGAAUCCUUAUACAUUUUAUUUAGAGCUUGUGGUGCCUUUAUUGUAUAGAAUGGAACUGUUUGUUAGCUUGCUUUUCAGUUUUGUUGCUUACUGUGUUCUAGUGAUAAGAACAUUGCUUUAAAUAAUCUUUUUCUCCAUUGGAAAGACUGAGUCAAAACCGCAUUUUAAUGGAAGGGAGGUGUUGUAUUAUUAAUAUCAUACUUGUUUAUACACGUUUGAUAGUGAUUGUAUGUGAUUGUUUUUUAAUUUUUAUGAGUGUUUAUUAUAAAUACUGUAUAUUAUUAUAUACGUCGUAAUUAAUGAAAUUAUCCCUGACAAUUGUCACCUUUACAAAGUAAUAGAAAUCGUUUUUAAAGGACUACGGUUUCUAGCAGACUAUUUAGGUAUUUUAAGUGACACGGAGAACUUUUUGGUUUAUUCUGGGUACAUUUCUGCUCUGUCCACUGUUAUUUAUUUAUUUAUUUAUUUAUUUAUUUAUUACACGGAAAGGGCAUCACCACUCAGUUGGGUCUCUGUUGGAGAAUAAAUGGAUAUUAUGGACUAGUGUCAAAUGGGUUCAAAUAGUACCUACACUGCCUCCCUAGUUUCAACAAUGGAUAAUUUACAUCAAUACCAGAUGUGAUUAGAUGUAUUGUACAGAGGGAUGAGAGUUUUCACACUUUAAUCGGAUUUUCGACUUUUUUGGAGCCAAAAAUAUCAUUGGCCUAGGCGGCCACCUGGACCUCAUGUCAUUUUUCCUGACCUUUUUCAAUAAAUGGCAG